CCUGGAAAGUGGGCUUUCUCUCCGGGCCCGGCUGCUGACUUGGAAAACCAGAAGAAGAAAAGGUCCAGCAGAAGAAGCCAGCUCCUAAAACUGGAUGCAAUUCUCUUCACACUUGUUUUUGAUCUUUUCCUGCGCGCUAGUGAGUGAAACCUGGCGCUAUGACCACCUUCAUGGAGAGUUCGCUCUGGAUGCUUUUCUUGUUUCCAACUCUGAGAUGUUACGCUGAUCCAGGUCUAGCAUUGGAUACAGAUGGUCUGGCUGAAGCUCAGAGUGGAGCUGCACCCACAACUGACGGUUAUUUCCUGGAGUUCCAGGAGCCAGUCAACAACAUCACCCACUUCCAGGGCCAGACAGCCACGCUGCACUGCAAAGUGACAGGAAACCCACGUCCGUCCAUCCGCUGGCUGAAAAACGAUGCCCCUGUGGUUCAGGAGCAGGGACGCAUCACCAUCCGUAAGAUAGAGGCAGGAUCCAAGCUCCGCAUCCAGGACCUGGACACAACAGACACCGGCUACUAUCAGUGUGUCGCCUCCAACUCACUCAAGGUCAUCUCUGCCACAGGAGUCUUGUACGUCAAACUGGGACAGAUGCCCACACAUAGCCCAGAUGAUACGUCACGUGAAAAAGGUUUCUGCCAGCCGUACCGAGGCAUUGCCUGCGCCCGCUUCAUUGGCAACCAGAGCAUUUAUGUUGAGUCUCUACAGAUGCAGGGGGAGAGUGAAAACCGCAUCACAGCUGCCUUCACUAUGAUUGGCACCUCCACCCACCUAUCGGAUCAGUGCUCCAUGUUCGCCAUCCCGUCCUUCUGCUACUAUGUGUUCCCUCUUUGUGACGAGGGCAGUCGGGCUCCUCGGCGUCGACAGCUCUGUCGAGAUGAGUGUGAGGCCCUGGAGAACGACCUGUGCCACACCGAGUACACCAUUGCCCGAUCCAAUCCCAUGAUCCUCAUGCAGCUGGAACUGCCCAGCUGCCACCUGCUGCCCCGGCCAGGCACGCCUGAUGCUGCUUCCUGUAUGAGGAUAGGAGUGCCACCAGAAAAACUUGGUCCAUAUUCCCCCACAGACCACAGCUGCUACAAUGGAAGUGGGGAUGACUACAGGGGCACACUCAGCAUCACUAAAUCAGGUCAGCACUGCCAGCCAUGGAGCGCUCAGUAUCCUCACAGUCACCACGUGUCCCAGGAAUACCCGGAGCUUUGGGGAAGUCACAACUUCUGCCGUAACCCGGGGGGGCAGAUGCAGGCGCCCUGGUGCUUCACCCUGGACCCUCAGGUCAGGGUGGACCUUUGUGACAUCCAUCCCUGCAAUUCUCCAGAGAGCCCCAGGAAGGAGAUCCUGUUCAUUCUAAUCCCUGCGAUUGCCAUCCCAUUGGUCAUCGCUUGCCUCUUCUUUCUGGUCUGCCUAUGUCGCAAUAAGCAAAAGGCCUCAACUGACACACCACUUCGCUGCCAACUGAGCAGCUCGCCUAGCCAGGACAUGGAGCUGUCUCUCCUCAAUCAGCAAAAACACCAGGCCAAGCUGCGGGAGAUCAACAUGUCAGCAGUACGGUUUACGGAGGAGCUUGGCGAAGAUCGGUUUGGCAAGGUUUACAAGGGUCACAUGUAUGGCACCGCACCUGGUGAGCAGACCCAGGUGGUGGCCAUCAAAACAUUAAAGGACAAGGUUGAUGCCACGCUCUCUGAGGAAUUUCGCCACGAAGUCAUGCUCCGCUUUCACUUACAACACCAGAAUAUCGUUUGUUUGCUGGGUGUGGUCACCAAAGAGCAGCCAAUGAGCAUGAUAUUCACCUAUUCCAGCCUUGGUGACCUGCAUGAGUAUCUGGUAAUGCGCUCCCCCAACUCAGAUGUCGGCAGCUCAGAUGAUGACAAGACAGUUAAAUCCACACUGGAGCAGGCUGAUUUCCUUCAUGUUACCACCCAGAUUGCUGCCGGAAUGGAAUACCUUUCCAGCCAGCAAGUAGUCCAUAAAGACCUUGCUGCCCGAAACAUUCUGGUCUUUGACAAGCUCAGCAUCAAGAUCCUGGAUCUGGGCCUGUUCAGAGACGUCUACGCUGCUGAUUACUACAAUCUAAUGGGCACAAGCCCUUUCCCUAUUCGUUGGAUGUCCCCAGAAGCUGUUAUGUAUGGCAAGUUAUCCACCGACUCCGACAUCUGGUCUUAUGGUGUCUUGUUGUGGGAGACUUUCAGUUACGGUCUGCAGCCAUAUUGUGGCUACUCCAACCAGGACGUGAUCGAGAUGGUGCGCAGCCACCAGUUACUGCCUUGUCCAGAUGACUGCCCAGCCUGGAUUUACACCCUUAUGCUGGAGUGUUGGAGUGAAUUCCAAGCAAGAAGGCCUCGUUUCAAGGACAUCCACACACGUCUGCGCUCCUGGGAAAGCCUGUCCAACUAUAACAGCUCUGCUCAGACUUCUGGCACCAGCAACACAACCCAGACCAGCUCUCUCAGCACCAGCCCUGUUAGCAACAUCAGCAUCAGCACAGCGAAUGCAUCGCGCUACACCAGCCCUAAAAAGAGCUUGCCAUUCCAUCAGCCCCAGUUCAUGCCCAUGAAGGGUCAAAUGCAUCGGCCAAUGGUGCCCCAGCAGCUCUACAUCCCUGUCAAUGGAUAUCACCCCAUGCCAGCUUACCCAUACCUGCAGAACUUUUACCCCAUGCAAAUACCCAUGCCCAUUCCCCACCAGCAGAUGCACCACCCACCACAGAUGGUGACCAAAGCUGGUUCUCACCAUAGUGGCAGUGGAUCUACAUCUACAGGCUAUGUCACCACUGCCCCUUCCAACACUUCUGUCACAGAGAGAGCAGCUUUGCUUAAUGAGGACUCCAAGACCAAUGAUGAGGACUUGGCUGAAAGGGUGCCCAAGGAAGAGCUAGACCAAAACAAGGACUUGUUAGUGCCGGAAACAGAAUUGCUUGGCGACAAUGACCAUCCACAGACUGACGAAUUGGUGAUACACUUGUCAGACACAUAAGUGUGGUGCUGCUGUAAGAACAGAAGGGCUGAAAUAUUCUGUGAGCUGUGCUUGCCAAAAAAAAUCAAGAAGCAGCAUAAAGUGAAGUGAGCAGUUUUGUGGUGACUGAAUGUUUUUUAUGAGUUUCUUAGAUAGUACUGAUGCAUUUGAAUGUCAAAGGUGUCUUAGGUUUGCACCUCUCAAUAUCCUGUGUCAACAAUUAAGCAAAAUUAAUCAUGCAAUCCUUUAUAGACCUUGUUUUUUUAUAAAUGUUGCUAUUCAGAGGAAUUUAUGUUGCUGUGCAACACAAAACAUUUUCUUAUUCACAACUACUUCAGAGGGCGCCUUGCCUUGAUGAAAGUUUUGCCUUCUCUGAUGCACAUGGUGCCGCGUGUUUUCACUUGCCAGCAAGGCCAUUCACUGGGAGGCCAUAAGGGCGGGAGUUCUGCACCAAACACCCACUCUCCCACCUCGGAUACCACACCCCUCUAUACAGGCACCCCGACCUACCACAAGGAACUGCUAGUUCAGCACUAAGUGAGAUGAUCACCCUAUCAUCUCCCUAUUAUUAUAUGGUUUGUGAAAAUGUAUAAUGAAUAGAAAUGUUGUAGGAGUUUUAAAAGAAACGAUCUAUUGGUAGCUUUGUUAAUAAUUAUACUCACUGGGAUGUAUUUUGGAACUAACCUCUAUCAAACAAAACAAAGAAUGAGAACCAAGAGUCUUUUUGUUUCAGGCCAUUGACAAAGUUCACACAUGACUCAUUUCCCAUGAGGCUGAUACUUUUAACAUCAACUUUGAUAACCAACCAAAUUGUACAGAUUUUAAAUUGAUGUACUUUGGUUUGAACAUUUUAUUUGUUUAUAUUUUUUCUACUACGCCUGGUGUUAGUAUAAUGUCCUUUCCACCACACGUUUGCUUUGUUUAAGUAGUUAUUUGCUUACCAUAUAAUGUGUACAUCCAUCUACGGAGUACCCAAUAAAGUCACAUACAUAAAUGUUGUAUUUCCAUGUCACUUGAUUAUAUUUUGUCAUUGUGUGUCAUUACAUGUGCAGAGAGUCUAAUAUAUGGUACACUGCGCAGUCAAGUUACAUUAGGCCCAAAAAUAUACUUUGUAGUGAAGAAAUACAUGUAUUGCUGAUACUAAUAAAAGAAU